GUGUACGCCAGACCAUGCCUUGUCAUGACGGGCAUUGCGAUGCUGCCUGCGAAAGUCCCGUCAAAGUAGGCCCAGUUGAGUGAAACUACAGGUCAAACUGUAGUCUUCAAAAUGCAGUUGCAAAACUACAGGUAAAAUCACAAAUCCUUUCUCCCGGGGGUCUUCAAGCCUGGAGUCGUUGCAAUCAUGAACGAAGAGUCGAACUGCGUCUGAAAUUUGGCCAAUGCUCAGACCAGGCAACGACGUCGUGGCGUAACACGCUCAGAGUUGCUCUACGUGUAGGUGGUGUUUCCGCACAAGGCUUCCGAUAUCCCAUGCAUCGCAGCUUUCCAUCAUUCCCAGUCCAGUGCGACCGUGUGUAGCCGCCGUCCCCCCUGGGCUACUUCGACGCAGACGCUUGGUGCCGAGGCAGUUCUCUGUUCAUCGCCGAUACGUUAGCUCUCCGCUCUGUGAUUUCUCUCUGCGUGCUCGGCAGUCGAUAUUGAUUUGUUUGAUCCAGGUUCAGCUAUGGAGCACGCGCCGACUGAAAUCUUACUUAAUAUUUUCCGCUUUAUUGACGACGGCCGGACGUUGCUGGACUGCGUUAGUCUCGUGUGCUCCAGAUGGAACAGCCUGGCGAAGGACCCACGGGCGUGGGCCAGUGUUUGUGCCACGAUAUGCACUUCAAAGGACCGUGAUUACUAUGUGCCCCGGAACGAAGCGCGCGUCGCCGUUCACGCUCUUGCCUUGCGGGAGCUGAGAAUUCAAGUGUUGGCUAAUGCGGCGUUGAGUUCAAUCUUGACGCUGGAAGACUUCGUCCCUCUGGAGGAAGUUCUGACGCGGUGCCACGCCACCAUUCAGAGGAUCGUCUGCGGUGACGCGUAUGCCAUGAAUCCCGAGUUAAGGACGGUCCAGUGUGAACUGCUGAAACGCAAUGAGAAGAGCCUCAGAGCACUAUCUUGGAGUGUCCGUGGGCAUGCCGCUCUGCAUGGAAAUGUACUGCACUCCAUAUCAACUUUGGAGCAACUUGAAGAGUUGACACUAGCGGCAUCCUCGAAGCCACAGUAUUCGCAGCAGUUGAAAGGUCGCCUCCCUUCGCUGCGCGUGCUGAACUACUCCGUGCUGCAGGGCGUGGAUCGCGUUCCCUUCAACCAUCGCGAAAUACUCCAAGACUUGCUGGAAGGUGCCGCGGAGUCGCUGCGCCGAGUCGAUGUAAACCUUCCCCUCUAUCCGUCGGUGGUUCAGUCGCUCUCCAAGUGUGUGAAAGUCACCAGGCUCACCAUACCCAUCGGGUCUGUGAGCGGCAUCCGCCGAAUGACGUCAUUGCGCGAGCUGACUGGGGUCGUGCACUCGCAGCUGGACGACGUCUCAACUGGGAACGUGGAGGCCCUGACCGACGCCGCGCUGCCGGCACUGCGCCUCCUCAAGUUUGAGACUUCGACCGGCUUCUACUUGACUCGCUGCCUGGCCGCGAUGCUGGCCAUCGCCAGAGCAGCUCCCCACGUCAGCACACUGAAAGUCCAAUACGACACUUCCUCCAGGGCGUCCGUUGAGAACACUGUGGUCGAGAUGCUGGGCGUCCUACCCGACCUCACGUCUGUCUCCGUCUCGACGGGCGGCCCAGCCAUUGUCCCACGGUGAGGCC